AUGGCGGCGGCCGAGGCGCUGGCGGCCGCGGCGGUGGCUUCGCGGCUGCAGCGGCAGGAGGAGGACGUCCGCUGGCUGUGGGCCGAGGUCCAGCGCCUGCGGGACGCGCAGCUGAACGCGCCCGACCGCGGCCCGGCCGAGGGGCCCUGCCUCCCGCGGGAGGUGGCGCGGCUGCGGGCGGAGAACCAGGACCUGCGGCGCCGCCUGUCCCGCCUGCGGCUGAGCCUCGCGGAGGAGCGGAGCGGCCGGGCGGCGCGGGAGGAGGAGACCGGAGACCCGGUGCGUGAGGACAGCCCGGCCAGGGAAGCGCUGCAGCGGACCUGCAGGGUGUCCCUCCCCGAGAGCAAGAUGAUGACAGCCUGGGAGGAGGCCCAGGAGAAGGCCAGCAGCCGAGACCACAGGAGAAUCGGGAAGGACCAGGAGCUUUUCUUCUUCCAUGACCUGAGUCCCGGGAGCUGCUUCUUCCUCCCGCGGGGAGCCUCCGUCUACCACACGCUGCUGGGCUUCAUCCGCGAGGAGGAUCGCCGCCGGGGUUUCUCGGAGGUGCUCUCCCCCAACGUGCUCAGCAGCAGGCUCUGGGAGGCCUCGGGCCACUGGCAGCUCUACAGCCAGAGCAUGUUCGCCUUCAACGUGGACAAGGACACGUUCGCCCUCAAGCCCAUGAACUGUCCGGCGCACUGUCUCAUGUUUGCCCACCGCCCGCGGUCCUGGAGGGAAAUGCCGGUGCGGUUUGCCGACUUCGGGGUUCUUCACAGAAACGAGCCGUCGGGAACCCUGAGUGGCCUGACCAGGGUGCGGCGCUUCCAGCAGGACGACGCCCACAUCUUCUGCACCGAGGGGCAGAUUGAAGAGGAGAUCCGGGGGUGUCUGCAGUUCUUGCAGUCCGUCUACUCCACGUUCGGCUUCUCCUUUGAAUUAAACCUGUCGACGCGGCCGGAACACUUCCUGGGCGAGCUCGCGUUGUGGGAUGAGGCUGAGAAGCAGCUGCAGAAGAGCCUGGCGGACUUUGGAAAACCGUGGAAGCUGAGCCCAGGAGAUGGAGCGUUCUAUGGCCCCAAGAUCGACGUCAGCAUCAAGGACGCCCGGGGCAGGCCCCACCAGUGUGCGACCAUCCAGCUGGACUUCCAGCUCCCGAGGAGGUUUCACCUCACCUACGUCAGUAAGGACGGGGACGACAAGAAGAGCCCUGUGAUCAUUCACCGGGCCGUCCUGGGCUCCGUGGAGAGGAUGAUCGCCCUCCUGGCGGAGAGCUACGGGGGCAAGUGGCCUUUCUGGCUGUCUCCUCGUCAGCUGAUGGUCAUCCCCGUGGGGCCGACUUGUGACAAAUAUGCACUGCAGAUCUCCAGCACGUUCUUUGAAGAAGGAUUCAUGGCUGACGUCGAUUUGGAUCAUAGCUGUGCACUAAAUCAGAAAAUCCAAAACGCCCAGCUGGCUCAGUAUAAUUUUAUUUUCGUGGUUGGAGAAGAGGAAAAAGCAAACAGUGCUGUCAACGUUCGAACAAGGGACAACAGAGUUCACGGAGAGAUGUCACUCGCUUCUGCCAUCGAUAAAUUGAAGAAUCUCAAGAAAUCGCGUACACUAAAUGCCGAGGGAGAGUUCUGA